AUCAAAAACGCGCCUUGUCUUGGAUGCAGGCGCGGGAGCGGUCAGCGCCCGACGUUGCGAUGCUCUACCGGCACUUUUACCCGAUUCAAAACGACGACGCGGAGAGCAUAUCGAGCGACGAGGAUGUGACAGAAGGAGCGGCAGGCAGAGUUGCGGGCUGUGACUCUGUAUGCAACGGAAACACCGAAAAAGCUCCUCCGAGUGAAACAAAGACGAAGACCAAAGUAGUGGAUCCGAAUGUUAAACUGUCUGCAACAAAAGCAAAGGGUGCCUGUGGCACCAGAAGCACUCCGAUCAGCAAACAAGGAAAAAGAGCGCAGCAAAAAAAGAUCGCGCAGCAGAACCGUGACUCCCGGGCGUUCGUCGAAAUCGAAGCGGUAGCACACUUUCCGGCGCGCGGCGGGAUCUUGGCUGACGAAACGGGAUAUGGCAAGACAGUAACAAUGCUUGCGCUUAUCGCGUCGGACCGCGGUCGAUUCGCCGCGCCGUUUUUGGGAACUAAUGCCGAUAAGCCUGCUUCUGGGCCGCUCUCUGCAGCAGCAUCGGGCCCGGCGUCUACUUUGUCAUCUUCUGCUCCAGCGGUUGACAGUGGAGCAAAGAGCGCUAUGGAUUGCCCGACCACGACCCUAAUCGUCGCGCCAGGCCAUAUCCUCAAGCAGUGGGAGGACGAAGCGAAGCGGUUCUGUGCCGACUGGGGGCCGCGCGUGUUGCGGAUUGCGACGGUAGGGGAUUUGAGAAAGCUUUACUCGACAACAGCUCCCGCAGGAUCAGGCUCCUCGCGACGGGGCAAGAAAAGCAAAAAGCGCAAGGGGGAUGAACAAGAAUACCAAGCCAAAGAAGGUGCAGGCCACGACCCGGGCCAGGCCGUCGGUGCCUCCGCUCGCAUGGAUAUGGAAGAAGAACCCGGCAGAACCAAAAAGCACCAGCCCAGCACAUCGGAGUCGCGCAGCACAGCCCUGCCUUUCAAAAAUCCGUUCCAGGCGUUUGACAUUGUCUUGGUCAGUGCAGGCUUGUUUUUGACGGAGUCAUACCUACAGAUCAAGCAGCAAUGGGCCAAGGCCUCGCGCAUCACAUCAACACAGCCACGAGGUGAAGUGUCGACAUCCACCUCUUUUUCCAGUGGCCUUGCCGCUGAAAAUACUGGAGAACGAAAGAUAAAAGGGAAUCAACUUCAGCAGACGGCGACGGCCGCAAAUAAUUCAACAACCAGUACCGUAUCAACGAAUGACCGAGACGGGGACCACGGCUGUGCCGCUCCCCCAGCAGUGCAAGUGGCGGCAAGCGGCCUGCUUCCCUGUCUAGUAGAUACUCUCUCUCCUGGCAAGAAGGGAAAAGAAAAAGUGCCCUCUGUCGCGAAGGCGUUCGCGGAGUUACAUGCGCAAAAGAAGACCAUAGCUGAUGCUGAACAAGCGAACGCUGUUGACUCCGCCGACACGAAGAUCGUCGUGCAGCCGCUGCACGCCUUCCGAUGGAAGCGCGUCGUGUUUGACGAGUUUCACGAGUGCCUGAGACAGCUCGAGCAGAAAACCGCACUGCAUAUAGAAAAGUAUGGCUUCUUUCUUUACGACUUCGAUGCCGCCACAUCAUAUAUGUGGGCUUUGACGGGCACCCUGAACGCAACCAAUGUCAGCGCGAUCGAGUUGAUGGCAUCGCUUUUCGGUGUCGAUUUACUAGCACUCCCCCUUACUAGUGGCAGCGCGCUUUACCAGCUGACAAAAUGCCUGCCCCGGUUCUGCCCUCCGAAAGUAAGCACUGGCGCUCCCCAAACCACGUGGGCUUGGGAAAAACAAUAUCACAGGGAAUGCAAAUAUAGUUAGUAUAGCUCAUUCAUCUGUGAAACUGAGAAAAGUAUGCAAGUAGUAGGUCUUUCUCUUUUGCGCGUCGAUAGAUUUGCAGGUAGCCAAGUUUCUUGGCGGUUGCACAACACUUCCGUACGUGCAAACAAGUCCGAAGGAGCAUAUUUCAAUUUAUGCAUAUGCAUCGAAGUUCAAGUUAGAAAGUGUGGAUGCGCACCGAUAAAAAAACUGUUUGUAUUUGUUCCGAGUCCAAAGAAUAUUCCGUGCGUCUACAACGGUCCAAGUUUCGUCAUGGGAUGAAUGGCUAACAUAACAACUUUCGUCAUGGGAUAGAGUGUUCUCCCCUGCUCACGAUAUUGACAACGGCCGUGCCGACGGGUGGGAAGUCAUUUGUUAUGCGGUUCGAGGUCAGGAAGAAGAAAACCAAAACACCAAGAGCGGCGCUGAUAACACGAACAUAUUCAAGAAGCUCCAGCCCGGUUUACCUCCGCGCGGUGAGGAUGUUUCAAUUUCUCGACGGGAAUGUUGGCCCAGAAAUAUUACUUUCUGGAAGACGUCCGAGCGCUAUCUCAAAUUGGAUGAGGUUUUCCUGUGGCGUUGCCACGCGUGCGGCGAGAAACCGGCAUACAGCUCUGCUGCAACUCUCCAAACGCGUCCGACGGGUGCUUUCCGCUGCGAAAACUGCCGGACGAAAGGACUUCAUGGGGCGACCAUUCUCCACUGUGAUGAUCGUGAUUUUCUGAAAGUAGACACGCAGGGAUACUUCCAAAACUCCGAGACGUUGGAAGAAAAUCUGCAGUUGAGACUGUCCGCGAAAGAAAUAGACGAAGAGCGGCAGCGCACAGAAGAGGAGUGGUUGCGAAGCACGCAGCGAAAAACUGCAGCGCAGCGCCGAUCCAAAGCGGAGGAGCUCUGGAAAGCUCAUGUGAGAAAAGAAAAAGAGUCCAAAAUUUCUGCGGCAUGGAGUGCUGCUGUGGCACUUCAAUCUGAUGAUGAAAGGAUCAGCGCUAUGGAAAAAUUGCGCGGAUAUCGAAAAGAAGUAGAAGACGCCGACGAAGAUGAAGAAGAGAAACAGGCUUUUCUAGAGCGGGAAAUGGCAGCUGACAACUACCGCUAUUGCUUCUACUACAAGCAAAUUGAGGUUGCUGUCUCGGCGAGGCAGGGCCACCUGAAAAAAUUGUACGGCCCCUUCGAGCACGCACUUGACCGGUCCCGCAUCUGGACGCGCAACGCCCAGAACUUCCUCUCCACCUUCGCCCGGCGAAAUGCGGCGCCUGAGGAAGUGGGCCGCAUCCAGCUCGAGGAAAAACAAAUACCAGUACAGCUGACCCAGCCCGAGCGCGCGCUGUACGAGCAAGAGAAGUACCGGCUGAACCCCCAACUACUUUCCUCCGCAGUUAUCUCCGAGGCCCCCGAGGAGCGCGCCGAGCUCCUGCGUCUCUGCAGCCACUUUGGCACGGUGGCGAGCACGAGCAAGAGCGGCCGGCUUCUAACACCAGUCGAGGCUUGUCAGCUCGAGCUGCGGACACAACGAAGCAGGAUCCGACACCUAUCAGCAAACGUUUUGCUCGUUGUGAAGGCGUUAGAUUUUCUGUGUGCCAACGGGCAUCUGAACGUCGAAGCCUGGGAGGAUGCGGGUUCAGAGCCGAUUUCUAUUCGAAAGCAACUCGAAGUCGAACCUAAAUUCUUGCCAAACGGCGUGCACGCCAAGCUGCGCGCACUCGCAUCUGACUCGACUCCGGAAAGCAAAGCAGUCACAGAAGCAAUCAAAGCAGAAACUGGCAAGAGCGAGUUUGCGAACCUGGAAGCGGUGGACGAACGAUUGCGCCUCACAGACCCGGACAAAAAGUAUCUUGACGGCGGAAUAAACGGAAGUGCGUCGCCAGCCAGUGCCCUGAGAACAUUGAAAACCCGAAACCAAAGCCUUGAAGAAGAAGUGUUGAAGUCCGAACUAAGGACGAUGAUCUGCUGCGUUCAGCUGCGCCAUUCUCUCACCCAAGUUAGAAUUACUGAUUUUAACGACCAGCAGCAGAUCGAGAGAGAACAACAACUUGAAAAACAAAAUGUCAUAUUUGAAUUGCACCGCGGAAAGUUUAUGCACCGGUUCAGCGCCGCUCUGGAAAAGCUCCGGAGCGCCAUUUCGCGCUUGCAGUUUUUCAAGCAGUUGACCAAAGGCUGCGGUACGGAAAACGAAGAUACGGCCUGCUCAGAUGUGACAAGCUCAACUGGAACAAUGUACACCCGGCGGUGCUGGAGUUUGUCAUGGUCUUGUAUAAACCAAACGUCGCAAAAAAGUCUACAAUACUGUGCCUGUAGCUCUGAUGUCCGCAUGACAGGUCGUCUUUAGAAAAAAGAUGUGAAUGCUGUUCAUCGACGAACCCUGAAUAUUAUAUGACAACUGGAGGACACCAGCACAUGCGUACAACUCUGUAUGACGAAUUGAUCUGAAGCACCGUGUCCCAUUCGAGGCUGUCGCAGCAGCUAGCCCCUGCAUAGAAGCUGAAGCAGAACGCUGCAUCAUCUGUGCGGCGGAAGAUCUCACCGACGAUGACAUGGCCGUUUUGCUUCCCUGCAGCCACCAGUUCUGCCAGGACUGCAUCAAGAUGCUGAACCCCAUCGACCCUGCUCUUGCGCUGAACAAGCAGGAAAAGCAGUGCCCGACAUGCCGCACUCCUUUUCGCCCAAUAGACCAGUGCGUGCCGCUCGUGGACGCGCAGAAGGCGUUUGACACGAAAAAGGCCGACAAAUCUGCACCGGCCUGCCGCGUGACGGACCACAGCGUGUUUGGGACCAAAAUUCAGAAAGUCGCGGCCACGAUUCAGGAGGAAAGGGCGAAAGACCCGAAGGCGAAGUUCAUCGUGUUCGUGCAGUGGGAGUCUCUGUUGAAGAUCGUGCGGCACUGCUUCACCGAAUUCGGAUUCAACUUCGUCUCGCUGUUCGGAGCAAGUACUAGAGAAGAGCUGUUCCUGUUUAUUGAUGUGUUGAAUGAAUGACAUUGAGCCUGAAGCGCGAAACUCAUGUAACCAGGAAUCCACUGCCCACCCAGAUUACUCAACAUGCUGCUCAAACUAAUAUUAAGGUCAUCGAUAAAUAAAAAACGACCACAAACUACAAAACAGCUGCAGAUCGGCAGGCGCAGCUACUGGAAAACUUCCAAAAGGAGUCGGAUGGAAAGGACAUCGUGCUUGGAUCGAGAAGCGAAAUUGGAAAAAAUCCCGAUAUUUUGUUGAUGUCGCUGGAGCGUUGUGCAGCUGGGGCAAACUUGACACAGGUACUAUCUGGCCUAAAUGCUCACUCUGUAUCUACGCGCUUUGCAUUUUUGAUAUGCUUUUGCGGAGAUUGCAUGAAUGAAAGCGGUGCAAGGUCGGACACAGGUCUGCUUCUACUGCUCAGCAUAAGUACAAAAUGGCAGUGAUGACUUGCAUGCGUAAUAUACAUCCAUGCAAGAUUCACAUCAAAACUCCUUAUACCAAUCACACACUCCAGGCCUCCCACGUUCUUUUCGUCCACCCAAUGAAUGGCGACCUCAACACCGCCCGCGCUGCCGAGAUGCAGGCCAUCGCCCGGGCGCGGCGGUUCGGGCAAAAGCGCGACAGAGUGAAGGUCCUCCGGUUUGUGGCAAAAGACACGAUCGAGGAGCAGAUCACGAAGGAGCACGAGGAGGCAAUUUUGAAGCAGCGGGCUGCGGACGAGCAGCUCCGGGCGCAGUCCAAAGUCAAAGCGGCAAAGCUGAAAGAAGAGGAAAAAAGGAAAGAGGAGGAGAAAGAGGCUGCGAAGGCGGAACGGAAAAAACGAAAGUUGGAGCUGCGCGGAGAAGAGGCCAGGGCUGAAGAGGCGCAGGAGGAAGAAGCGAAAUUGGAAAGAAAACGUCGGAAGGUGGAGCUCGGGAAAGACGACGUGGCGAAGUGAGAUAGACAUAGUCAUAGAUUCGACUUCAACGUGUGGCUUUGCAUAAAGAUAAGUAAGAAGGGCAACGAAAUAACCGAUUUCAAAACUAUGAAAGAUAAUACCUUUUACCCCCAAAGGCGGCGCAAUGAGCUUGCUUGAAGCUUAAUAUUCCAUCACGGUCGGGAAGUGCACAAUUUUUGCUGCUCAUUCAUUUCAUUUUAUAUCACGAGUAUGUCUACUAACUUCAUGAACUUCUGCAACUCCCACUCAUAUCGAUUUAUGUGUACGAACUUCUGCAGUUCAAACUAGUACCCCUAGUGAAGCAAAGAAGCAGAAAC